UUCCGUUGCAGGGGUUGACAGCAGGUCCGUUUUUACCUCUUUGCUUUCUUUAAACCACCCUGCCUCGCUUUUCUUUCUCUAUUUAAUACACCUUUUCCCCUGCCGUGUGUGUGUGCGUGUGUGUAUUUAUUUAUUUAUGCAUCUCAUUUGAAAGUGUUUAGGUUUUUGUUAUUUGUACAUUUUAGUCGCUCCUCAAAUGAGAAGACGUAAAAGAUGGAGCUUCAUAUUUUAGAGCACAGCUUGAAAGUGGCGAGUAUAGAGAAAGAGGGGAUCCAGAUCUGCACUCAUGGAUUAAUAAAACUCGCUUUCCUGGCCUCCAAAACAAGAUGUAAGUUCUUCAGCCUGACGGAGACCCCGGAGGACUACACCAUUAUCGUGGACGAGGAGGGCUUCAAAGAGUUGCCUCAGUCGGAGCACAUCAGUGUUGCGGAUGCUACGUGGUUAGCUCUUAACGUAGUGCCGGGGGGGGGGAACGCCUCCAACUCGCAGCCCAUCGGAGUCACAAAGAUCGCCAAAUCAGUCAUCGCUCCGCUGGCCGACCACAACAUCUCCGUCUUCAUGCUGUCCACCUACCAGACCGACUUCAUCCUGGUGCGGGAGCGGGACCUUCCUCUGGUGAUGCACACGCUGUCUUCAGAGUUCACUCUGCUGCGGGUUGUCAACGGAGAGACGGUGGCGGUCCACGACCUGGGGGUCACCAACGGAUUCGUUAAACCCAAACUCGUGCCCCGCCCCAUCAUCCACCCGCUCUCCAGCCCCAGCAACAUGUUCUGUGUGACGAGUCUGGACCCCGACACGCUGCCCUCUGUGGCCACGCUGCUCAUGGACGUCAUGUUCUACUCCUCAGGGCCAAAGGAGCCCGAAGACUCGAACCACAUCCGCUUCUUCUCCUUCUCCCUGAUCGAGGGCUACAUCUCUCUGGUCAUGGACGAGCAGACCACUCAAAGGUUUCCAAACAAUGUCCUCUUCACCAGUGCUUCUGGGGAGCUCUGGAAAAUGGUGCGCAUCGGGGGGCAACCUUUAGGAUUCGAUGAGUGCGGCAUCGUGGCUCAAAUAUCUGAACCUCUGGCAACGGCUGACAUUCCUGCUUACUACAUAAGUACCUUCAAGUUCGACCACGCCCUGGUUCCUGAAGAGAACAUCCAGAGUGUGAUUGGAGCUCUGCGGACCAAGAGCACGGCACAGUGAAGGAAACCAGUGGAAGUUUAAAAAAAAAAAAAAAAAAAAAAAUGAUUUCAAGUCAUUUCGUUCAAACGUUUAUCCAUAAAGUGCCCGGAGCUGAUCUGCUGUGGAUCGGCUCCGAAAAGGAAGGAACCGGAAGCACGGGACGGUGUUAGAGAUGACUUUUGGUACUCGGCCAUUUUCUUUAAACCCCCUCCUCCUGGCACAGGAAACACUCCCUUUAGUUUACCAGACUGAACAUUUCUCUCUCUCUGAAGCUGCUUCUUCAUGAGCGCCAUACUGUAUUAGUUACUCUCGUGGAAACAUGACGAAUAAUGUACUCUCAAAAAAAGCAAAAGGAAUAUUUGAUAUUUUAUCAAAGCUCUCAAUAUUUCUAAGGUCAUUUCUCAGUGCCAUGAUGUUUGAAUGCCUAAACAGAUGCCUUUGUCAGAAUAUUUUACAUGUGUGCAAUUGUAGGAGACAUUUUUCUGACCGAUGACACAGCGCCUGGUUUAGAAAUACGGUGUGUUUUGUUGCUUUUAGUAGCUCUUAAUUACAACGAAGAUCUUACUGAUGGAGUCCCUUGUUUAAAUUUAAAUUCUGGGUUUGCCGGAGCAUGAAGUGAGUCCAAGGCCUUGAUGAGGAAAUUAUAAUUUAAGCAUUUUUAAUGUGCAGUCACACUGUUAGCAACCUGGUUGAUGUGUCACUCAAAAUUAGCAGAUGUAUCCCCAUAUUUAAAUAAAAAACACAACUUUUUAGAUAUUAUUUGGCUUGAAAGUACAAUGUAUGAGGCAUUAAUCAAUGACUUCAGAGUCGGUUGUGUUUAUUACAUUUUAUUUAAAAAGGUGAACAUUUAAUUAAUAGUGAAAUCAAACAGCUUUUGGGCAUUGAAAGUCUACAGAAAAGGAACCUUACUGAUGUUUACCUGACUUUUCUGGUUUAAUUUGCAGUAUUUAAUUAAAUGUUUUCAAAUAUAUAGGCCCAAUUCCCUCAAAUUCAAGGACCCAACACUUUAUGUUGACACGGAUUACUUAAUUAAUAAUACAUUUUAUAAUGUGAAGGAAGGAGAUGGCUUUCCAGAAGUUCACUGAUAACAGUUCAAAAGAGACCCUUGAAUGUUUGAUCCCUUCUCUAUAGGGCUGGAAAAACCACCAAUUUCUAUUAUUGCAUAAAAUAUAUACAUUCAAGCACUUUCAAUAACCUAAAUCUAUUUAUAUCUCAAAUUCUUUCAUAGAUUUCAAGACGAUUUAAUGAUUUCAAGAUACUAUUCCUGGUAUAGACACCUCUCGUAUUAUUCGUACUAGAAUAACGACAUAAGCUAUUGAAGGAGCCCUGGUUUCCAUGUUGGCGUCUUAUCGUUUUUCCAACCCACUUUAUACUCAACUACGCCCACUUCUGCAAGACGAAAGCAUCGACGUGGCGUCAGCGCGGCAUUUUCAUCCAACGAAAUAUGAACAUGACCGCUACCUUAGUAUCUUUUUCAAAGUAGAUUGAUGGAAAUAGCGAUUAUUUAAUAUGAAAGAAGAGUAAAUGUUAAUUAAUCCUUAAAUACUAAUUGACAAUGGAUACUUCAGUCAUGUUAAAAUGCCAUCUUUUCCUUUCUUUUAUUGUUAUUUUAUGUUUUAAUUACUUCUUUAUUUUUCUUUUAUUUCAUUCAUUCAUUUUUUUUAUUACAUUACAUUACAUGUCACUUGUUAGACGCUUUUAUCCAAAGCGACUUACAUACUCAAUACUGUGGAGUGUGGACAAUCCCCACAGGAGCAAUUUGGGGUGAAGUGUCUUGCCCAGGGACACAACGACAUGCUGACUGCAGUGGGGUUUGAACCUGAUCCGAACACCAACGCACUACCCACUGCGCCACAGCCUCCCUAUUUUAUUUUUUACAUUUUUCUUACGUUCUCUUCAUACAUCCAUUGCUCAGUCGUGCAGAAGUGGGCGUAGUUCAAUCUACACUGGUUGGGAAAAUGAUGGAUGUGUCCAAUAUUGGCGAUGAAGCUGCCCCCCCCCCCUGCCCCCAGUCUGCACUUUAAUGCAGGCCGAUGAACACAGGCCUGCUGUACUGAUGUGAAAAAACAGGGGAGGGCUAUUUACUGUAAGGAAAGACCCUGUUCUGAUUGCUGUUGGUCUUAAGCAUUUGGUGGUAAUGUUUUUAUUUCCUUUUAUUUCACACAACCUUGCACCUAACAACAAACCUUUCUUCUGCUCAUAUUCGAUUAGCAGAACCUCUGUAUUUAUCAGUGUUAAAAACAGGAGGAAGGGGACAUUUCUUCUGAUAACAUUUGAAAGUUUAAAAGCGUUUCAUUUUGGAGCUUCUUGUGUGAAAAACGUAAAAAUAAACAAGCUUUUUUUUUCUUUUUGGA